GCCGGCGGCUGCGGCGUUGACUUCCCGGCUCCCCCCGCCGCGCCCGUCGCACGCACGCGUACUGCGCCCAGCAUGAGGGUCGCCGCUCUGAUCAGUGGUGGGAAGGACAGCUGUUAUAAUAUGAUGCAGUGCAUUGCUGCUGGGCAUCAGAUCGUUGCUUUAGCAAAUCUAAGACCAGCUGAAAACCAAGUGGGGUCAGAUGAACUGGAUAGCUACAUGUAUCAGACAGUGGGUCAUCACGCCGUCGAUCUGUAUGCAGAAGCGAUGGCUCUUCCUCUCUACCGCCGUACCAUAAGAGGAAGGAGUGUGGAUACGGGACGAGUGUAUACCGAACGUGAAGGUGAUGAGGUUGAAGAUCUCUAUGAGCUUUUGAAACUUGUUAAGGGCAUCGCUAGAGUGACCUUGCCUGCUGAAUAUGAUGCUCUGAAUCUCCAAGAUUUUCACAUGAAUUUGGAAGUGGGCAGUCAGGCAAUUGUUUACAGGACUCCAAAUGAACUGUGCACUCACAGCAAGUUUGAUAAACACACAUUUCCUCCUUUUAUCAGUGAGAUUGCAGAAUGUGAAGUAUGAGUUUCCAGUUUUACUCAUUCCCUUCAACCCUUUUCCUGUUUAAAAACUUAGACAUACUAAUUGGAUGCUGAUCUGUCCCUGUUUUUUAGUCUGUUUACUGAUAGUUGACGGUUUAUUCCAAUACUUACCUAGGCGAGGUUUGGCAGUUCUUUAAAUAAUAAACUUCUCAUGUAUUCAACUUAAAGGAGAUUCAUCCCAAGGAAUGCAAUGUGAGCACUAAUUAACAGUAAUGACUGCUAAUCACUUUGCUUUUUAUACUCCUUUAGGAGCACUGCUAUUACCCAAUGUAGUUAAGCAAAAUGCUUGUAUAUGAAUCAACAAUGCUGCAUCUUUUUAGCAGCUAUUGCUCACAAUCAAGCUUUGCAUAAAUUAGAGUUAACUAAAAUUGAUUUUAAUAUCCUGCAUUUCUUUCUGCAAUAGUAACUAACAUAUCCAGUUAAGUACACUGGAUGUUUAAAAGGCAGUCCCUGAUUUUUUUUUUUUUUUUGUAGUCAUACUUAUGGUAGAUGAAAAGCAAGAUUGCAAAUAAAUUUUCUCACAGUUGACGACCUUCCUCUUAGAUUUCUACAAAAUUGCGUGCAGCAUACUCUUCAUAGGCACACGGCAACACUUGGAUUCUGUUGUAAGAAUUUUAUCACAUCAAUGAAAAUCAAUAGGUUUAUGUUUAAUUUUUCUGAAUUUGUGCAUUUACUUCCUAGAGGAUCUUACAGUUCCUUUAAAUUAUAUAGCCCAUUUAUAUAAACUUGGUUCAUAGGAUUGUGCAUUCAGUGUUCAUUAAAAGGGGUUGUUUUAUUAUGUUUGGUGUAUUAUUAGACUCUUACAAAAGCUUUCUGUUUAUUUACAUGCAUUCAACAUACCUACAAACUGCCUUGCCUCAGGAGGAGAGGGAACAAAACUCAUAAAUUAAUAAUUUAAGGGAGCAAUACCCAAGUAGCAUUUUGGUUAACUUAAUAAGCUAAAGCCUUAGAGUCAGUGCUGGCCACUUUAACAAUGCUUUACUUUUGACUUUUAUUGGCUGAAAAUAACUUGUUAAACCAAGGCUUUUGUCAUAAAGUGAAAUCUACAUACCAUCUGAAGUCCCUUCCCCUCUUUUUUGAUUUAUGAGUAGGUUGACAUAUUAUUGAAGAAUUUUUAACGCUUUCACAGUUCUGCACUUUGAUUUCAGAGAAGGUGCUAAUCUCUCUGGAAGUUUGGGAGUGACAAAAUGAGUUGUAUACUGUUUUUCUGGGGAAUUUGGGAUUCUUUAUUAGAGGCCUUAGUUUUAUGAUGGUACCUAUAUUAAUGUUGAUUUAUCAAAUACGUGAUGUGGUGUUGCGAUCUGAUAUGCAUUAGCAGAAUGUCCUCCUUUCGCAUUUUACAUGUUAUCUGUAGUUGCCUGGUCAUGACAUUGUAAUUCUUAUAGCUAAUGUUAGUGUUUCUACAGAGGUUCAGCAACUCAAGACAUUAUUUUUAAGUCACCAAAAUAAAAUGAUUUCCCUUUUAUUUUUGUAUUGCUUUGUAGUGUCAGAGAUCUAAAUUUUUGGUGAGUAAACAAGUGGAAAGAAUUAAGUGGUAGUGUAAUGAAAAGGUUUAUAUUUUUUAUACUAGUUUUAUUGUAAUACAUUGCAAACAUAUGUAUUAAGAAAAAACUUUGGCACUAUACUUAAUUGAAUUUAGUUUCAAAGAACCCGCAAGAGGAACGAUGUAGAGAACAGAAAAUAUAUGGAAGCUUAAUUGAAUGUUAUUCAUAUCUAAUUAUAAUCUUUGUGCGUAUUGUUGUAACUUUUAAAUUUUGUAUCCCAGUACUAUUGCACAAUAGCAUGAAAUACGUGUCUGUGAGGAAAAACUUGUUUUUUCUAUUUUGCUUUGAGUUUGAGUUCCUGUGUGUAACAAAAUUACGUUUAAAAACGGUGAGGAUUUCAGUUUUGAUCCUUUUUUUGUUUUGUUUUGUUUUGUUUGCAGUGUGUUUACUUUCAUGUGAGAGUGAUUGAUCUGUAGCUGUCAUUUUACCCAAAGAGGGGACAAAUGGAAUUGGCCUUUUAGACAAAAGUAUGCAAACAGACUGCAUUCUUUCUGUUGAUAGAAUUAUGGAAGGAUUGCAUGAGGUGCCACAUUCAUUUUCCUAUUGAUUGUAAAAAGGAUUCUGCAAUGGGCUGCUGUUUCCAUUGGAUAAGGAGGUGCUAUGAUUAGUUACCUUUCUCCUGAAAGCACUACAAAAGAAAAUGCAAAAUGUGUGCGGUGCAGUGUUCUCAAUUUGACAGUUGUUUUUGUUAAGUUUUUUUGCCCUAUUGAAGUCCAGUCUAUUUUUAAAAAAACAUACAUUUUGGUUUUGUCCCUUAUAUUAAGCUUGGUAGAUUUCCAUGCGUUUGACCCUUUAAAGAAAUUAUACAUUGUAGACAGUUUUUCUAGGCUUCUAUUGUAAAGCUUCAAAGCUGAUGCAACAGUGCCCUCUGUAGUCUUUCAGUGAACAGUAGAUAAAUGUAGAUGAUUUGGAAUAUUCAGGUAAGAAGCAGGAUAUUUAAAUUUAAUUUUUGCUCAGACAAGAGACUCCUUUUUCCUGACUAGACAUUCUUGUUUUUCACGAGCGGCUUUACUUUAGACAAAGGGAACAAAGGACCAUUCUGAGUUUUCAUUUAGAAUUAUUGGCUACCUCUUGUUGUUACCCAGUGGUAAAUCUCAAGUUUUAUCAGACAUUCAUCAGGGUAAUUUGAGAUAGAAGGAAUCUUACAAGCUGUACUGUCUCUUCAUGAAAUAUCUUUUUGAAGUUGAGUUCCAAUAGGAGUAUUUUUAAAAAUAAUUUAGUUCCUUUGUGCUCUUUUCUUCUAUUUAAUUAGAGCCUAAGUGGCUGCCUAGAACUUAACUUUUACUUGUCCCUGAAUUGGGUAACACAGGCUUUAUACAGGACAUUAUUUAAAUUCAAACCCAGGGAGUUACACAAUGUCUAAAGUAUUUGUCAUUCAUUAGCAUUGAUUUAAAUUUUAGAUUUCCCUUCCUUUCUUUAUUGGUUACCUAUUUGAUUGUAUAUAUUGAUAGCUAAAUUUUUCAUUGUAAACACAACUUUAUGUGAAGUUAUUAGAUGAUAAUAAAAGCAGGCAUCAUAUUUAGCUGUGAUCAGACGAGAAAAAUACCACGGGCUAAGUUUGUUUUCCUUCUGAAAGGGUUUUAGUAAAAAGAGCAUGGGCCCAAUCCUAGCUUCUCCAUGUAUUCACUAUGUAAUAUUGAACACAUUUCUUAAUCUCUGAGCCUGCUUUCUUAUCUGCAGAAUGGGAGUAAAAAGUGUUUAUCUUUUGAGGUUUUUGUGAGGGAUUAGAGAUAAUGUAUAUUAAUUGGCCAAGUUGUUACAAAUGCCCAAAUGGUUACUUUGUUCUAAAAAAUCACAGUGUGAAGGUAAAUGGCAUUGUUUUAUACAGGGACAUUUCAAUAAAAAUCUAGAGCACAUUUAAUGCACUUUAGAUUUUUCAAAAAUUUCUGUCUCAUGACUUGCAAUGAUUUAUGUGAAUCUGAAAGCUGACAUGGCAUCCCUCAGUAAUGUGGACUGACACAAUGAGAUGUGCAUUAACUUUCAAGUCUUUACAGACUUCAUCCCCAAACUUCUUAAAUAAGCCACGUUUAUAAACUCUAAUGGACAGUUACUAGCAAACCAAUGUUUGGCAACUUGUGAAAACUGAUAAUAAAUGAAACUCGAACAAAGAGUCUUUUUUUACUGUUUCAAACCCUGGGUGUAUUGGGGAAAACUUAGGAUACUUUUUGUUUACCUGUGUUCUCGGUAGUAGUCUAGAGCCCAUAUUUUUCUAGGUAAGUGGAUUUUGCUUUCUCUACCCAGUUACAGAAAAAGACUGAUUUAUAAAAAUAGAUGAAAGUGGAGCUUUUCUGGUUGAAGUGGAGAUGGGGGCUCAAGUCUCUUUUUGAAGGAACAAAGUUUAAAAACCAUUUUGGUGCUGUACCAUAUAUGUAUAUGUGUGUGUACACAUAGAUAUAUUUUCUCUCUCUCUCUCUCUCUCUCUGUCUCUCAUACAAAGGCUUUGUGCUACUUUGAUUUGAAUUCAGAGCAGUUAAUUCUAUACCUAGCACAUAAAAGAUGCUCAAUAGUUAAUUCUAUACCUGGCACAUAAAAGAUGCUCAAUUAAUAUGUGCUAAAUACAGAAUUUUUUGAGUACCAGGCCUCCCAUUAUUGACACAGAAGAUUUGAGAUACCAUAUGUUUUAAAAUGCACAGUUUAAUGUGGCAACAUACUAUUACAAUAAUUGUUUCUAUGUGAACCCUUUAAACAAGCACACUUCAAGUGUAAUUCACCAGUUUAUUUUUUAAAAAUCAAGUUGUUGUGACCACAAAUACUAAUGGGAAAUGAAUAAAACUGUUCAGAACUUCUCUUCCAGAUGAUUAAAAGCUGUUGCAUUCCACAGUGAUGGAUUUAGCAAAAGAUUCUGACAUUUCAAAUGACCUGAUGGUAAAAAUAAUCUUGCACAAAGAACUUGUGAAUUAAAUUUUCUCAACAUUGACUAAAGCAUUGUUUUUCUUGUAAAGUUCUUAUUUGUGCUUCAUAUUGAUUUUGAGUAAUCCUGAAUUUAAUGUUAUAAUAAACCACAUUUUGUUUUUAGUAUAUCAUUUGGGUUAAAAUUGAGAACUAUGAAAGUAUCUUUUUUUAAAAAAAAAUAUUAUAGAGAAGGAACCAGUGUUUGAAACCAAUAGAAUGAAAUGGAAACCAAAUAUGGUAGGUUUUUUUUUUUUUUUUUUUUUUAAUAGUGACCAGUUGCAGUAAGAAACAUGUUUAAAAUUAAAUUCUGGUUCAUAAGACUGACAAGAUGCUGUCUACAAAAAAAAAAAAAAAUGAAUAAGGUAUUUUUCUUUGCAAUGAAAGUACCAAAUUAAGAAUCUGCUUAAUUAAAAUAAUGAUAAAUGUAGAUUACAUUACUGAAGACAGUGAAAUACAGCUGCUCUGUCUAGUGAGAGCCUGCAUAAUUUACCAAGACUGUACAAAGAAGCAAUGGAGCAGCCACUGCAGACUGUUAGAGGAAAUGUCCUGUUUAUUCUACAUACAUUUCUUUUUUUAAUUAAAAUGUCAAUGAUAAUUUUAUAGCAGUCCUCCAAAGAAAUCCCUUAAAUUUCUUCAAGGUGGUAGAAUGUGAAAUGAGAUCAUCGCUGCUGAAUGAAACAGAUUAAACCCAAGAAAAAAGUAGCAUUUUAUUAUUUUUUAUUAAUUCAGCUUUCAUUAUUAGGAGUUAAUAUUGAAGUAUGUAUGGUUUUUUUUUUUUUUUUAAUGAGUCUUUCAUGAGAGAAAUGUGGCAAAAUCUUUGAAUACGCAUUUUAUUUCAAAAUCUCUUGGAGCCAUAAGCACGAUUUGGGUGGAGACAUAAGUAGCAUUGCUUACAAAUAACAAAAUAGGUAUGUAUACCGUGGAAUUCUCUAGGUGAGACAGACACCUCUGGGUGUAUCAGGAUUGACUGAGUGGUAUUUCCUCCUCAGCUCCAUCACUGGACUAUAAUGAUGACCAAUAAUAUCUUUAUAAUUACAUAUAUUUAAGAAAACCAAUUUUGUGUAUAACAAAUGCUUUUUUGUUUUUGGUGGGUUUUUUGUGUGUUUUUUUUGUUUGUUUGUUUGUUUGUUUGUUUUGCCUACAAGAGAUAAGUGGGAUUUCUGGAGUCAGACUUAUCUGUGUUCUAGGCUUUACCACAUGCUAGCUAUAUGACCUUGGUUUAGUUAACUUCUCUACACUGUGGCUUUCACAUUUGUAAAGUUGGGGCUGGCGAUAGUACCUACAUCAUAGGAUCGUCAUGAGCAUUUAAUGGGAUAAUCCAUGUAAAAUAGAUCAUAAAGGAAGCCUCAGUAAAUGUUAGCUAUCACAUUAAGAAUAAUAAUAGUAAUAGUAAUGUUAACUAAUAUUAAUGUAAUGUUAAUAUUAAUAAUAUACCAACUCACUAGAUAAAAUGUUUCUCCUGCACGGGAACAAUGGAAGAAUGCUCAUACUUAACUAGUUUAAUAGGAUCAUUGUUUAAUAGGAUCAGUUGCUUUGACAUUGGUGAAUAUGUCAAAGCUUGUGCAUUUCAAUAUGUUUGUUUUAGACUUUGCAUUAGGUUGAUACCGACUGGAAUUAAUUGAAUAUUUUCCAUGGUUUAGUUUUUCUACAGGGUCUUCCAGGAGUCCAUCUGCUAAAAACUUCUUAAUGGAAAGGGUUUGUGGGCAGAAAAUGGUCACAUCACUAAGAAUUUGAGAAGUUUAUAUGAGAAAACGGUAUGAGGAGAAACUUCUUCAGAUGAUUUUAUUCUAUACGCUUUUUUCUUUGAACUUCAAUAAAAUGAUAAGUGCUAGAAGUGCAAAGAUAAGAAGUCACACACUAUAUAACCAUUGUUUGUAAUGUUUACACAUGCUGUAUGAGUUGCAGAAGGUUAAUAUACAUUUACUUUUUUUCUCUUGGUUAGUUGUGGGCUUUUUUCUAGUUGCCAGAAAUGUAGAUGAUUAAGGCACAGUGCCUGUCUCAGGGAGGCAGAAAGUUACUGCUAUGUAUUCAUGGAAAUUAUUUGUAGCAAAUUCUUUGCUCUUUUAAAAAUAUUCCAUUUUUCUUGUAGUGUAUCUCUGUUCCAUGACUUGGCAUUCAUCCUUCAUCAUCUAGCCAUUGUUGCUGAGUUUCUCCUAAGAAUCCUGUGGUCUUUGAGGCUCAGUAUUGCUCUAUCUGUGCCUGUUUGGGAAUUAUACUGACGACUUUUGAUUUAGCGCAUAAUUUUGACUAAUACCUUGAAAUAAUUUAUCAUUUAUAGAGUCUUAGAAUCUCCAGGCUUCUUCCCUAUCCUGGUCCUCUCCAAUAGAGAGCAGGUGACUAUACAUUAACAUAGGUUUUCAGUGCUUCCUCCACAGUACUACUGUAAGAUGUUUGCUGAAGUGUGAAGUAUGAUAUAGCACUGAAAUUGAAUCAGACUUUCAGUUCAGUGUAUCCUGAGGUCAUUAUUAGACAGUAUUUGCUUCCUAUUUUAAAUUAAUUGUUUUUGGAAGGCCAGUAGCUGCCCCCCCCCCAUUAUUUAUAGAAGCAUCUUUGCAUUUAUUUCAGACAUUCUUUAGGGCCAUCACAGAUCAGAUUCUGUCAGAGGCUAGGUGAUAUUAUAAACUUUAAUUUUAAGUUAAUAUCAAUGGGCCUUGUUUCACAUGGAGUUCUUAAACAUUUAUACUUACAUAGAAAUUCGGUCUUCAUCUUUGAGUAGCUUGUAUUGUGCACAGUUUCUUCUCAGAAUGUUAUUUGUGUAUAUUUUAGACAAAACAAUGCUACAUGAUAGAUAAAACUUAUCUAAUUUGUGAAGAUUUUAUAUAAUUAGAAGCUGCCAAACUUAGGUUGAUGUUUUUUGCUUUAUGGUUAAUUGAUAAUUACCAAUUCUCUACUGUGUGUAAAUCCUUGCAUUCACUGAAUUCUGUUUUAUAUAAUGGCUUUAGUGUGGCUACUCUUCACCCUAUGUUUAUGUUGAUUUGGAAUCAACUGAUUAGUCAAGCAAUCUGAAAUGGAAAUGAUACAAAGCAUUUACAACCAAGAAAAGUUAAGGGAAAAUAUAGUAAGUUACAACUAACUGUUACUAAUAAACUAACUAAAAUAAUUGUUUCCUAAAAGCCACAGCUUGUGGAUUGUACACAUUUUUGAGUGUAUAAUUUUCAUUAUCUGCACAGUUUAAAGAUGUGUUUUAACUACGUUUGUCAAAAGAAAAAAACAGUCUUUGUAAUUAUCAACUUUUAGAAAACAAAAUGAAGAUCUAUAAAUUGUGUUUUGAUUUAUUGGUAACCAGUUUCUUAUAUUUAACCUAAACGCUGGAGUAAGCCUCCUAAAAUGGUUAUCAUUUAUUUUCUGCCAUUAUUUGGUGCUUUUGCGUAGUAAAAAUAACACUGGCAUUGAUGAGAUCCCCUUUGCUUUCUUUGUGUAGUUAUUAAAUUCUAAUAGAUCUGACUUUUCUGCAUUCUUUUAUUUUACUUUCAUUGUUUUUAUGCUUAACUAUCUGUGUUUGUCCUCUGUCUUCUGCCUCUUAGGUAGUCCAGAAAGCUUCUUUCCUCUGAGACUAGGUUCUUUGUACUCCUCUUGCAGACACACGUACUUUCUCUGUGCAGUGAAAAUAGCUUUGUUAUAACUUCACAGGGUUCUUACCCUUGUUCUUCACGCCUUGUUUUUUUUUUUUUUUAAUCUAAAUUACUCCUUAAUAUUCUUUGAUACUUAGGAUAAUUGUUUUCUAAAUUAAGGAGAACACAUGAAAAUAGAAAAAAAUGUGAAGAUCUUACUCAAAAUUCAAUCAUUUAGAGUUAACAUUUUGAUGCAUUUCCACGCAUAUAUACUUAACAUACUGUCAUAGAUACACACAGACACACACACAUGUAUAAUCAGUUGUGUGUAUAACUUUGUAGACUGCUUUCUUUUAACUUAAAAUAUCAGGAGCAUUUUCCAUGCCAUUAAAACCUCCUUAUGAACAUAAUUUAAUGGCUACUUAAUAUUCCAUCAUGUAGCUGUAUAAUAAUUUCCUUAAUGAUUCCCUAAUUUUGUAAAUUAGGCUGAAUAUAAUUUUUAGUAUAAAAAAUAGCACUUUGAUGUGGGUACAUCAAUUAUUGUCAACAUUUAAAAAUAUUAAUUUCUUAGGAUAGAUUUCUAGAUGUAUAAUUAAUGGUUCAAAGUAUAUGAUUAUUUCUCAGGCCAUUGAUACAUAUUGCCUAGUUGAUUUCCAUAAAUAAUAUACCUGUUUAUGCAUGCAUUAUUUAUAUUUUGAAAUUCUAAGUCUUUGUUUAAUGUGUCUGAAACCUCAACUUGGAAUUCUAUUUUUACAGUUCCUGGCAUGUGGUGAAUACAAGCUGGGAGUAGCAUUCUGCCCAUCUUUGACUGCAUUUUAUUCUUGGAACAAAACCAAAGAGAUAUGUGUUAGGGCAGCUCAGUCAUGUAACGCAAGGCAUAGGGUGAUGUUUUUCCCCCCAUAUUGUGAGAAGUCAUUUUCCAGUGUUUUAAUGGGACUACAUUCAACAGAUAAUCUGCCGCAAAGUGGGCUGAGUUUUAGUAUAUUGCAUACUAAUAUUGUGCCAUGUGGAUGAACACAGAUGCAGAAAUAGAUGCAUAUAUGUUAUUUUUUUUUUAAGUUCCAGAUGUCAUAUGAAUUAAAACUCAUUUUUUUCUGAUAAGUUCUAUUUUCUGACUAGCCACACUGUAGUCUCUGGAUAUCAACUGGUUUAUUUUCUACUGGCAUCAUGAAGUUUGGUAGUAUUUAGAAAUUAUUUCCAGUUUUCUCAUUAAAUAAAUGCUGAUAGACUAUUGGAUUAAUCACAGGAGAUUGAUCAUUUUGGGUAUAUAUAUUUAAUAUCAAGCAUAAUAUUUUAGGUAUAUUUCACACUCUACAAAUUAUUACUGUAGGUGUAAGCCAUUACUUCAUGUUCACUAAAUCCCAUAGAAAAUAUCUUAUGCUUCCUUUUUUUAAAAAUGAACUUCUAUCAUUAAUGUUGGCUAUUUUUAUUAUGUCAUGAAAAAUAAAACAAUAGUGCUACUCUUUUGAAUUUAGUGGACUUAGUAUAGUAACAAUAGUUCUAUAAUAAUGGUAAAUUCAUUUGUAAGAA